AUGUCGGGUAUGUCUAUUUCCUCUGAUGCAUUGUCGACGGAUGGUCUGGACAUGACAAACAUGACCGUUGCGAUGGACUUUUUGGGCCAGCUUCUCGAUGAUACCGAGCUCCAAGUCACUUCGAAUCACUUCGCUACGAUAUUUUGGUACGGAAUAGUCGUUGUUAUCGGUCUUGCAACAUUGUCAAACAUUUUCCUUCGCCUGAGAUCUUGGUCAAGAAAUGCUGCGUCAAACAAAGCCGUCCCAGUAGGAAAUGCCGGAUCUGGGAAGGGUGAUUUCGGACUUAGCGCAUCUUUCCUUCGAAAGAUAUCCUACCCUCACGUCUCACCUACACAUCACCCGCGGCUCCUCAAAGUUCCUCCUUUGGGAACUAUCAUCAUGCUCGUAGCAUACCUAUGCUUUGUACUCGGUCUUGAAUACGUCAAGCAAGAUGUUCCAGGCGAGCAGCACAAUCAAGCUAUUGGAGUUCGAGCAGGUUGGCUCACGAUCACUCAAAUGCCUCUCUUGAUACUCCUCUCGGGAAAGGUUAACCUUAUCGGGCUUCUAUCUGGAGUGAGCUAUGAAAGGUUGAAUGUAUUCCAUAGAUGGGUAGCAAGGACUAUGUUGUUGACUGCUACGCUACACAUGGGAUAUCAACAAGCACUGUGGAACAAGUUGGGCAUGAAAGCUUACGCCUUCCUCGUCUGGCUCAAUCUUAGUACCCUGGCCCCAAUUCGCAAUCGUUUCUACGAAUUCUUCGUCAUCCAACACAUUCUAUCUUUUAUCUGCUUCGUAACGUUCAUCAUGCUCCACCUCCCAACCACAGCCUUAUACACCCGCGUCUAUAUCUGGAUUCCCAUCGGUCUCUACUUCCUCGAUCGCCUUCUUCGUUCUAUUCGUUAUGCAUGGAACAACAUUCGUCCAGGAAGAGCAACACUGAUUCGCCAACAUGGCGAUGUAACGAAAGUGCUUGUAAGAUCAAGACAACUCAAAAGCUGGACUCCAGGAUCUUUCGUCUUGUUGUCGAUCCCUAGAUUCGGAAUCAUGCAAUCCCACCCCGCGACCAUUGCUUCCGUUCCCACUUCCAACAACGGAGAAUUAAUUUUCUUCCUGCGAGCCCACCGUGGAUUCACUUCUCACAUCUACAAGGAAGCGUCCGAUAUUUCGAUUACGGGUUCAGAUCGAACAGGAGAGCAGACUCAUCUCGCGCUUAUCGAUGGUCCUUACGGAGGGACACAUCUUGAUUUCGCUUCUUUCAGCCAGGUCGUUCUGAUAGCUGGAUCAACGGGAAUUACUUUCAUUUUACCUAUUCUUCUCGAUAUUGCUUUCAGAGCUCCGAAGACCACGUUGCCUGUGAAAGAGGUGGUGCUUGUUUGGGCUAUAAAGACAUCUGCCUGCAUGUCCUGGGUUACUUCUGAGCUACAGCAGGGAAGUGAGGCGCUGCGAAGCGUUGGAAUCAAGCUCAUCGUUCGACUAUUCGUUACUGCAGAUGAAGGGUUUGUUGAUGAGUCGGAGACAGAGAAUGUUGGGGAUAAUGGAUGCCAGUGUGACUUGAGCUCUGGAGAAUGCGUCUGCGCUGCGAAAGUCGUAAAGCAACGGACUGAUGACUCGACUUCCUCGGUGGGCGAGAAAAUCAAAGACGGAGCCACAGAGCAACCAGGGUCAGCAGCCUCCAUCGGGAUCGAUGAAGACAAAGCCAAGCCUCCUGCAGGACGCCCUGGUAUCCGCGGCAUCAUUGCUCAAGCGCAAGGAGCAGCAGAUGGCGAGAUAGGUGUUGCGGUCUGUGGACCGCUCGGAAUGGUUGCUGUCACACGCUGUGCGGUUGCGGGGCUCGAGACGGGUACGAGAGGGAUUUAUCUUCACGCUGAGAGUUUCGGCAUGUAA